CAAAAAUGUUCAAAUAUGUAGGCAGUCUAGGCACUUUUGCCACUUUCCUCAAUUUUCUAAUUCACAUUCCUCAGACGCCUCUCUCUGUCUCUCAUAACCCCUCUCCCGCCACCGGGCAACAUACGACCCGGUCGUACAACUCCGCCGGUGACUGCAAUUUAUGCACGCAUAGAUAAAUAAGGAUAUCCCACGAUGCCGGAAGGAGAGCGGCAGAGGCAGAGUCGAUCUUCAACGAGUAGAGAACCGGCUAGAGGGGCUCGAGUGUCGUUGAAGUUACUCUUCCGAGUCGCUUCGGUCGCCGGCGGGAUACAGUUCGGAUGGGCUUUACAGCUAUCUCUGCUCACGCCAUACGUACAAGAGCUCGGAAUCCCUCACGCGUGGGCCAGUAUCAUCUGGCUCUGCGGCCCGCUCUCCGGCCUGUUCGUUCAGCCGCUGGUUGGACUCAUCAGCGACCGAUGUACCAGCCGGUUCGGCCGCCGCCGCCCGUUCAUCCUGGGCGGCGCCAUCUUUAUCAUAGUUGCGGUUCUUAUAAUCGGAUUUUCCGCUGAUAUUGGCUGGCUCUUCGGCGAUCGAGGCGGUGUUAAGGUACGCGCAAUCGCCGCCUUCGUUGUCGGCUUUUCGCUCCUCGAUGUGGCGAAUAACGUGACUCAGGGACCAUGUAGAGCUCUUCUCGCCGAUCUUACAAAAAAGGAUAAUCGAAGGACCCGCGUAGCAAAUGCGUAUUUCUCCUUGUUUAUGGCUGCGGGUAACAUACUUGGUUAUGCAACUGGAUCAUACAGUGGCUGGUAUAAGAUAUUUCCUUUCACCCUAAAUGAUGCUUGUGCGGUCAACUGUGCAAACCUCAAGGCUGCUUUCCUCCUUGACAUCAUUUUCAUUGUAAUAGCUACAUAUAUAAGCUUAUCAGCUGUCAAAGAGGAGCCAUUGAGUCCACAAUGUGCUACUGCUCAAACUGGCGUUGAUGCUGAACAGUCCACCAAUGGCCAGGAAGAACCUUUUCUAUGGGAACUCUUUGGAACUUUUAAAUACUUUCCUUCUACCGUUUGGAUUAUUCUGCUUGUCACUAUGCUGACUUGGAUUGCCUGGUUCCCGUUUACCCUCUUUGACACUGAUUGGGUAGGUCGUGAAAUAUAUGGGGGUGAGCCAAAUGGAGCAAAUUAUAGCAACGGAGUCAGAAUGGGCUCAUUGGGUUUAAUGUUGAACUCUGUGGUUCUUGGAUUAACUUCAGUGUUUAUGGAAAAGCUUUGUGGAAAAUGGGGGGCUGGUUUUGCAUGGGGAGUUUCUAACAUUGUUCUGUCUUUGUGCUUCAUAGCAAUGCUUGUAAUCACUGCCAUAAGGAACCACAUGGACAUUACCCUUAAUGAUCCUCCUCCAAAUGGCAUUGUUAUUGCUGUGUUGAUAGUUUUCACUAUUCUUGGGGUGCCGCUAUCUAUAACUUAUAGUGUUCCAUAUGCAUUGGUAUCCUCGCACAUUGAGAACUUGGGGCUUGGCCAAGGACUAUCCAUGGGUGUACUAAAUCUGGCAAUCGUUAUACCUCAGAUAUUGGUUUCCAUUGGUAGUGGUCCCUGGGAUGAGCUAUUUGGUGGAGGCAAUUCACCUGCCUUUGUUGUGGCAGCAAUUUCUGCAUUUGCUGCUGGACUUGUGGCCAUCUUGGCUAUUCCUCGAACAAGACUUCACAAGCAGAAGAGUCUCCCUUAGGGGUUCAUGUCUUGUUGAGGUGAUAUCUUGGUACGGCUGGAUUAUCUUUACUUCAGCCAUUCAGGUGCUUGAUUCUUCCCAGUUGAAAAUUUGCUCAAUUGAAGACUUUUAUUAGUCCAGCAUUCCAACAUUUACAGCGAGGUAUUUUAUCAUAAAUUCAUUUUAUUUCAUUUUCCAUCUAGAGAGGCAUAAAGUUUUUUGUAAAAAUUGGUGUCACCUCUUUGGUUUUUAUGAAAAGAGCUCUUAAACGCUGCUCUCUCUAUCAUUUGUUUAGCCAGGUUUCUCAUCACAGUUUACUUUUUCCGACUGUUCACUUUAAAUAUGAGUGCUUCUAUAUAUGAAGAAGCAAACAUGUCACAGCAGCAGUUGUCUGAAUAUGAGUGUAAAGGCUGUUGAUCAUUGUAAUAAAUAAAUGAAUACUGGAAAAGUUUGGCGAGUGCUUAUUUGUAUUUAUUUCCCCUUCAACCAUAGAUUGUCUUCAUUCUCUGGGUACGUUUUAUUUUGUUUCCUUCCACGGUCAGAUCAAGAUAUUUGUGUUAUUGUGCAAAUGU